AUGUGGUUCAGCUCAGUGUCAAUAAGUAAUCCUAAAUUCCUCAAACGACCAAGAAUGUUAUACACUCAUUCAUUCUCACGCUGCAAGAGAUUUCCCCAAGUUAGUCAUGGCUGGGGCUACUCUAGAAGAAUACCUGAUGGCUUGGUAUUUUCAGUAAAUACCCCAAUUGUUAUGCGUGGGGUGCGGCUGUUUCGGAGUCGGGGGUAUUCGUAUGAAGUCUCCCUCAAGCUGUACUCAUUAGUUCAAGGAAGAAAUGAAAGUGAUCAAGAGUUAUUUUCAGUGGAAGGCUGCUUCACCACUGAUGCAGAGUAUACCGAUGGUUAUUAUGGCUUUGAUGUUCUGUUUGAUCGCCCUGUUCAUCUUGAAGCAAAUGUGCAGUAUAGGAUUUGCGCCAAUAUCUCAGGCACAAGUUCAUGGUAUGGUUCCAGUGGGUUGAGAGCGAUGGUAUUUGCUUUAAGUUCAAUGGUCAAACCAAUC